AUGGAGCGUAUUGUUCCUUUAAUAUUUCUCACUUUGUUUUGUGUGUUUGCGGAUUCACAAGUGAUCUCAUCGUUUAAAACAACAAAAACAAAUAAAUUCAGAUUGCCGCUAUGCGGCUGUCAAAAACAACUAGAAAUGCCAAAUUAUGGAUCCGGGGUGCCAAUUGAUUCGAACUUCAAUUGUGGCUGUAUAGAUGCUUGCGGGUGCCAAGUCCCGUAUCUAAACAUUCUAGAUUUACCUUUUCUAGCAUCAUUUGCCAGUUCUAUACCUAUCGAGGCUUAUAGUUAUUUAUUGCCAGAAGUCGGUGACUUCGUUCGCGCUCCAAUACCUCGAGUACCAUCAUCCGUCGCAGAUGUACCGAAUUGCGUAUGCCAAAUGCCGAACUGCGGAUGCCAUAUUGCCGAUUGUGGAUGCCAACGAAACAAAUUCGGUGGCCCGGUUCAGAAUUAUAGAUAUCCGCUGAAUAAAUGUGAAUGCAGGAUUCCGGAAUGCGCAUGCCAAGGUUUUGGUUACGGAUGCCCGAAUUGCGCUCGGCCAUUGACAGAAUGCAGAUGCCAAAAUUUGAACUGUGGAUGUCAAGCAGGAGCUUGUAACUGCCAGAAUAGCCCAUGCACUUGUCAAAUUAGCUCGUGCACUUGCCAAAGCAGCCCAUGCACUUGUCAAAGUAUCCCGUGCGCUUGCCAAAGUAGCCCAUGCACCUGCCAAAGUAACCCAUGCACCUGCCAAAGUAACCCAUGUACUUGCCAACGUAAUCAAUGUACUUGCGAGAGUGACCUCGGUAUUUGCAAGGCCCUACAAAUGCCAAACAUCAUUGAUUUCUUGACUUCAAUAGAAAUGCCUUACCCUCAAAGUACUUACAGUCCUCCCUACGACUUUACCUCUUACUACGGAUUAUCUGUGCCAAGCUGCAACUGUCAACCAAACUGCGCCUUUGGCCCGGUUCAAUUACUACCAAACCCAUACGACAGUCCGCCUUUUGAUAUGUUUGGAUACAACUACGAUCUACCUGCCUGCUCGUGUGGAUGCCAUUUGGAAAUUCCAAUAAGUGGAUUGGAGCUACCGAAGUGUGCUUGUCAGUUACCGAACUGCUGUUGCCGAGACGGGAUAUGUAACUGCGGGAUGGACUGCGGCUGCGGGUGUGGGAAAUAUCUACGUCAGAUCACAUUGCAACCGCCAUUCUUGUGA